AAGAAAAACGAAAAACGAAAAACGAAUGAGGGUUUGGGCUUAACUUGCCAGAGCAGAGAGAGAGAGAGAGAGAGAAGAGAGAGAGAGAGAGACGCUUUCAGAGCAGGUCAUCAAAUUCAAGGCUUGAAUUGGGGUUUUGAUCUCCACUGAUCAAACGAUCUUGCCAUGGCGGCACUUAAGGACCUCCUCCCGCCUGCGAAAUCAACAUCAUCUUCAUUCUAUGACCACUCAAAGGACCCAUGGUUCAAAGAACGCUUCAAUUCCUCUGUGUCCGAUCGUUCUGUCGUCGUCAAAACCAAUCCAGUCCCUCCCUAUGGGAAGCGGUCAGGCUUCAUCCCCCGAAAGCCUGAGGAUUUUGGGGAUGGCGGUGCGUUCCCUGAGAUUCAUGUUGCCCAGUACCCACUUGGAAUGGGCAGGAAGGAUGAGAAGCCCGGAUCGAAAAUCCUUCCCCUCACCGUUGACUCUCAAGGUAACAUUGCCUUUGAUGCGAUCGUUAAGCAGAAUGAGAAUGCAUCGAAGAUUGUGUACUCGCAGCACAGGGACCUCAUCCCGAAAAUGAUAUCUGAAGAAGAGAGCAAAUCUGAAGAGUUAGAGAAGGAGAUCGAGGAGACGACCCAAAGCACAAAGGCUGCUUUGGAGAAAAUUGUCAAUGUCAGAUUGAGUGCGGCGCAGCCGAAGAAUGUUCCAACACAGUCAUCAGAUUCUAAGUUUAUUAAGUACAAGCCUUCGCAGCAGUCGGCAGCAUUCAAUUCAGGUGCGAAGGAGAGGAUUAUACGAAUGGUGGAGAUGCCUGUGGAUCCACUCGAGCCACCCAAGUUCAAGCACAAGCGGGUCCCAAAGGCAUCUGGGUCCCCGCCCGUUCCAGUCAUGCACUCUCCACCUCGUCCAGUUACUGUAAAAGAUCAGCAAGACUGGAAAAUCCCACCGUGCAUCUCGAAUUGGAAGAAUCAGAAAGGUUACACUAUCCCAUUGGAUAAGCGUCUUGCGGCAGACGGAAGGGGUCUUCAGGAUGUUCAGAUCAAUGACAACUUUGCCAAGCUCUCGGAAGCAUUGUAUGUUGCAGAGCAGAAAGCUAGAGAAGCUGUUGCUAUGCGGUCGAAAGUUCAGAGGGAACUGUUGUUGAAGGAGAAGGAUAGGAAGGAACAAGAGUUGCGGGCUCUGGCACAGAAGGCACGGUCAGAAAGAACUGGUGGUGCACCUCCUGCGGCCGUUCCUGUUCCUGCUGAGAAAAGCAUGGCUGAGGGAGGUGAGAUCAGAAUGGAGAAUGAGCGCGUGAAGGAUAUGCCAAGGGAGACAAAGGAGGAAAGGGAAGAGAGGUUGCAGCGUGAAAAAGUUCGUGAGGAGCGACGGCGGGAGAGGGAGAGGGAGAGAAGGUUGGAGGCUAAGGAUGCUGCAAUGGGGAAGAAGAGCAAGAUCACCAGGGAUAGAGAUCGUGAUAUCAGCGAGAAGGUUGCACUUGGGAUGGCUAGUACCGGAGCAGGUCGCACGGGUGAAGUCAUGUAUGACCAGAGGCUGUUUAACCAGGAGAAAGGAAUGGAGUCUGGUUUUACUACGGACGACCAAUACAAUAUAUAUGACAAGGGUCUCUUUACAGCACAAUCAACGUUGUCUAGCCUGUACAGGCCUAAGAAAGAUGCAGAUGCCGAAAUGUAUGGAGGUGCGGAUGAGCAGCUCGAGAAGGUUCUGAAGACAGAUCGGUUCAAGCCUGACAAGGCAUUUGGAGGUGCGUCUGAGAGGACAGGUCCUAGAGAUAGGCCGGUUGAGUUUGACAAACACGUUGAAGAGGCUGAUCCAUUUGGAUUGGACCUGUUCUUGACGGAGGUGAAGAAGGGGGGUAAGAAGGCGAUGGAGAAAAUAGGGAGUGGAGGGACUAUGAAGGCAAGCGCAGGGUCUUCAAUGAGAGAUGGCUAUGAGGGAGGAGGGUCCGGCAGAACUCGAAUUGGGUUUGAAAGGGGGCACUGAAGACAGCUGAGCUGUUCAUUCAGAUAAAAUCCUCUUCCAUGCCUAUCUUAGCUUGCUCUUGCUCUCCUGAUGUCCGAAAUCUGUUGACUAGGUUCGAGGAGGGAAUUUUGCGUUUUCUUUGUAAGAGGUUGUUUUAGGGACUGGCAUGCUGUUCCAUGCCAGUGCCUAUUGCCCUCUACCAGGCAAAUCAGCAAAUCAAUUGGCUCGAUCUUCUGACGUCCAACUAUGCUAAAUGGACCCACCUAUGUAUGUUUUCUUACAUUUGAAAUGAACUUGGUGUGAGUAAGAGUCUGUGGAAUGCUGUAUUCUUACUGUAUUAGCUACAAUGAGAUAUUAAUGGUGGUUUCUUUA